AUGGAGCAGCUCGUCAACUUUAUCAUACGCCCGCCCAGAGCUGAAUACAAUCCAAAACAUGAUUUGUUGGAGCAGGAGUUCAUGCUGCGAGGGAAAUUAUACCAGAGAAAGGAUGUUGAGAUUAAGAACAACAGAGGAGAUGUUCUUCAGUGCACUCAUUAUGUCCCCAUCGUGAGUCCUGAAGGAAAGCCAUUGCCCUGCGUAAUUUAUUGCCACGGAAACAGUGGGUGCAGGGCUGAUGCAAGUGAAGCUGCUAUCAUACUCUUGCCUUCCAAUAUCACGGUUUUCACUCUUGAUUUCUCUGGAUCCGGUCUCUCUGGUGGAGAUCAUGUUACCUUAGGAUGGUAUGAAAAAGAUGACCUGAAAUCAGUUGUUGAUUAUUUGAGACAAGAUGGGAAUGUCUCUUUGAUUGGGUUGUGGGGCCGAUCAAUGGGUGCUGUCACCAGCCUAAUGUAUGGGGCACACGACCCUUCAAUUGCUGGAAUGGUGCUGGACAGUCCCUUUUCUGAUUUGGUUGAUUUGAUGAUGGAACUCGUGGACACCUACAAAUUCCGUUUACCAAGAUUCACUGUGAAAUUUGCUAUCCAGUACAUGAGAAAAGCAAUCCAGAAGAAGGCUAAAUUUGACAUAACGGAUCUGAACACUAUUAAGGUAGCCAAAUCUUGCUUUGUUCCGGCUUUAUUUGGGCAUGGGAUUGAGGAUGAUUUUAUACAGCCUCAUCAUUCCGAUCGGAUAUAUGAAGCAUACAUGGGAGACAAGAAUAUCAUCAAAUUUGAAGGAGAUCACAAUUCUCCACGCCCACAGUUCUAUUUUGAUUCGAUAAACAUCUUUUUCCACAAUGUGUUGCAACCUCCAGACGAUGAGAUUGCAGGGCCUUAUUUGGACACAAUGAUGGAUUACUUUGGUAAGCAUAGUUGGAACAGUGACUAUGACAUAAGUGAUACCCCAGAAUCUUCAGUUUCACCAAAAGUGGCAGGACCGUCGACAAACAGCAGCACAGAAGAUGCUAUCAAGCAAGUCCGACUAAGAAGACCCAUGAGUCGGAUUGAGGUUCCCUCGGAUAUUCCAUCAACAGAAGACCAAUCCAAAAAUGAGGGCGGAGAAACUGACGAUAAUGAUCUAGUACCAUCAUCGUCUUCUCGAAUGAUUAGCUUCGAGCUGGCCUCCAAUGGGAAUCCAUAUGGUCCACAUGUUCCGACAGCGCCAGAUGAUGAUCAGUACGUAGAAUACCAACUGGAGGACUUGUCAGCCGCCCCAUCUAACGCAGAGGAGGAAGAAAGGAUGCUGAUGGAAGCAAUCAUUGCAUCCUUAAAGGACAUGGAUGUACCAGCAAACUCUACUGGUACAGAAUUAUCUCAAAGUGCAGCAGUAACAGCUGCAUCAGAUGUCCAGACUAGCGAUUCAAAAGAGGAGCUGCUACAAGUGGUUUCAAAAUCGGCAGAAUCAACAUCCUCUUCUUCGUCGAGCAAUGAUGAAGCUUCGAGUGCAGAACGCCCAUCUUCCAUAGUGGAAUCAACGACGACAGCAACAAGUCGUGGUGACACUACAUCAACAGGCAGCAUUGUGGAGACUGACUUGUCUGGUAAGACAAAGGCGACACUGACAGUAGAACGGAACCCUACGAACCAUAACAUUAUGGAUGGUAUAAUGCGGCGUUGGGAUUUCAGCCUGUUCAGAAACAACCGAUGA